GUCGCGUCGCUGAUAACAUCGCGCGCAAUGGCUGCGUCUCUGUCCCGUGCUCUGAAAUUACCGGGUAAGAAGGGCUCGGAUCUGGGCGAGUAUGACCCGCUGACACAGGCUGACAGCGAGGAUGAGAUGGAGGACGAUGAUCUGGUUCUGAAUUAUCCUCGUAACGGUCUGAACCCUGCGGUGGCUGAUCUGGGGGGCGAGGAGGAGUUGGAUGAGGAGGAGGAGCCAAGGGAGGGGGCGGGGCAUGAGGUGGGGUCUGGGCGGAGUCAGGGCGGAGCCGCAGAGGAGAAGGCGGCGCGGGUGCGAGGGGCGAUGCGAUCCGCGGCGUUCCUGCUGCCGCUGUCCUGCGCCGCUCUGCUGGUGCUGCUGUGUGCGUUUCUCAUUCCCUGCCCACAGGGGGCGCCGCUCCAGACGCAGUGGGAGAGAGAGCUCGGAGACACAGCGGGCGUGACGUCACCUCCCAUUGCAUUGUGGGAUGUGGAUGGGGACGGACUGGAGGAUGUUUUGAUUGGCAUUACGAACUUCUCCAACGACAGUCAGCCAAUGAACGCACAGAGCAAAGAGUUCAGCGUGUGGGCUCUCGGCGGCGGCGGAGGGCAGCUGCUCUGGAGGAAGUCGCUCAGAGAGCCGCUGAUCUCUGUUCAGUGUGGACUGCAGACAGGAAGUUCAGAUCCACUGCACUCGUCUGCCUGCAUCCUGAUCAGCUCCGGUCACAUGAUCGCCAUCAACGCCUCCACAGGAUGGACGUUGUGGACGAUGGCUGUAGGAGACGUGGAGUCUCACGCUGUUCUGCUGCCGGAUCUACAGGGAGAUGCCUUUCCAGACCUGCUGAUCGCAACACUGCCGGAGGACAAGGUGUCUGAUCUGGCUCUGGUCCUGAUCUCCGGCCGCUCAGGCGCUCUGAUUGGCCGGCCGGUGAACUUUAACCUCACGGCUCAGGGGAAGCUGAUUGGUCCGCUGCUGCACGAGACGCAGACGGGAGCCUAUUACGUGCUGUUCGGACUGGGUAUGGUGGAGGCCGUCUCUCUCUCCCACAUCUACAGUAGAGCGACGGGUCAGACGGUGGCGUCGUCUGACUCUGUGUGUUUUGUGUGUGUCAGCGUCUCUGAGCGGGUGGAUUUCCUGCUCUCUCUGGUGGUGGGCUCGUGUCAGCAUCUCAGGAAUCUGGAUGGAGUGUCAGCGCUGAACUGCAGUCGCAGUGACUGGAUUGUGCUGAGUGACUCCAGCAGACGUCUGUCUGUGCUGAGAGCCAGCGACACUCAGCCCAUCUGGAGCCUCGGCCUCGCCUCCAUACGCACUCGUCUGGCGGCGGGUCACUUCAACAAUGACGGCGUUCCUGAUCUGCUCGUUCAUCAGUCGGCCAAUGGUGUGAGGAAGGUGCAGAUCGUGGACGGCGCGCGGGGGCGGAGCCUGUGGGAGGCAGAAUUUGUGUGUCCUCGUCUGGCAGUGGAGGAUUCGUCGGUCCUGACAGCUACCGGCCAAUCGGUGUUCCUCUUCUGGGCGGGAGAUCCGCUGGCGCAGCCGCAGAACGUCUCCAAGGUGGCAGAGCCGGUCCUCCGCAAGCUCUUCCUGCUCCACCCGAACUAUCCCACAAUCCUCCUGGAGCUCAGCAGCACCACAGACACCAUCCUCAGCGCCGCCGUUAGCUACCAGGUGCAGCAGAAGGAUGCGUGCUACAUCAGCGUGUCGUCUCGGCCCUCGGCUCGCACUCUUGGCGCUCAGAUGCUGCAGACGCUCAGUCUGAGAGCGGCCCUCGCAGACGCCAGGAUCCUGCGGCUCACAGACGCCGCCGACAAACCCAGCGCUUUCCAGCUGCGCAAGUUCUUCAGACGCCUGGCCUUCAGACAGUGACUUCAAUCCUGGCUCGAGCGCUGCAGACGACACGACCCUCAUCACACACACACACACACACACCGCUGCUCUUCAUCAUUAACCUGUGCUUGUGUGUCUGCACGCUGGGGUUGUAGAUACACCCCUGACUCCCUGUACAGUAUUUAUGUGUGUGUGUGUGAGUGAUGCUGUAAACACACUCGGACGAGGAGACGCCCCAGUGUUCACACGCAGCAUGCAUAUUCAUUUACACAGUCCAAGUAUAGAGAGGGAACUCUGAGAGAAGGAUUAGCGAGAAUCGGUACAUCUACUGCCACUGUGUGAAUAAUAGGCCAUCCAUAAAAACACAAGUGCAAUCUUGCAAUCCAAAAACGGAAUGCUUAUAAUUAGAUUAAAGUACUUGUUAUAAAACCGAUAGUUCCGGUUCUUGAUUCUGAUUGGCUGAGCCGCGUUCAAAGCUGUUGUAAAUGACUC